GAUAUUCAACACGGAACUAGGCUCCUGAGUGAAACAUGUCUGACUCUGCAUCAAGAAGCACUUUUAAACCCGUGAGCCAUGUACUUUUCGACAUGGAUGGACUUUUAUUAGACACAGAGCAACUGUACACCGUGUCCUUCCAGGAGAUCUGUGACCGCUAUGGGAAGCGGUACACCUGGGAGGUGAAGUCCUCGGUGAUGGGGAGGAACGCUCUGGUUGCUUCGCAGAUGAUCCGUGAUGCUCUCGAUCUCCCCAUGACCGCCGAGGAACUACUCUCUGAAAGCAGACAGAUCCAAGAGAGGAUCUUUCCCUCCGCCAAACUCAUGCCAGGUGUGGAGAAGCUGGUGCUCCACCUGCUCAAGCACAACAUCCCCGUCGCCGUGGCAACCGGCUCGGCAGGGGCAACCUUCCAGCUGAAGACCCUCCAACACAAGCCCUUCUUCGGUCAGUUUGACCACAUCGUGCUGGGGGACGACCCCGACGUGAAGAACAGCAAACCUGCCCCCGACUCCUUCCUGGUGUGCGCCUCCAGGUUCCUCCCCCCCGCUGCUCCGGAGAACUGCCUGGUGUUUGAGGACGCUCCCAACGGUGUGAAGGCGGCGCUGGCGGCGGGGAUGCAGGUGGUGAUGAUCCCCGACGACAACAUGGACCCCAGUCUUACCCAGGAGGCCAUGCUGCGACUCAGGAGCAUGGAGGAGUUCCAGCCGCAGCUCUUCGGCCUGCCGGCGUACGAAUGAGUCACAAAGAUUCAGUGAGAAAACCAUGAAAACCUUACCAUCAUUUAUGAUCUUUAACAAUGAUUUAAGUGCUUAAGAAAAUAUAAAAGCCUGUGUUCUAUACUCAUGCUAAUCACUAGGUUGUAUUUAAUGCACAGUGUGAAUACUGUCUGUGCAACUCUGCCCUUUUCAUACAAUGUGUGUAAGCGUCACUUUUGAAAUGCCAAACACUUCUCACUCUUUCCUCCUUAGAGACCGAAUGUACAGCACGUAGCUCUCUCUUCCUUUAUGUUGGGCAGUUGUUUCAUAUAGUGGGAGAGGGAGUACAGUGGAGAAGACUUUGGAAUACACGCACUUCAACAUAAAGCACCUUUAAAUCUUGAGUUGCUACACUCGACUUCAAGGUUAAGCUUUCAGACAGCCUUCCAGUGAUUUCAACACGCACGGCAGUUGUGUUGCCUGCACAUGUUUACCAGGAUCUGUGCGUCUUUCCAUCGAGGGCAUGUUGAAGUGCGUGUACUCCAAAGUCUUCCCGCGUGUACUUUUCUUUGAAAUUGAAAUCCGCCUUGUGAAGAGCUUGGCAUCUUCCCUCUCAUUUGUGCCUGCUCUGACCCAUUUCCAGAUAAUGGUUUUCAGCUGGGGGCCAAAAUCGCUUUGCACCCGGCUUUUUGUCAUUCUUAAAUCGGCUAUCUUUAAGCUUUUCUUGGCUCUGCGAUCGUGUGAAAUGCCCCCACAGCUCUCCGAACAUACAUGUUAAGAAAUCCAUAAAGCUGCACCCUCGUGCCCUUUAUCCUUUACCUUUCCCUUUUAUCCUCCCAGCAGCUGUCCAUGACUGAGGAGGGGUGAAGAGAUAGUUUUCCUCUUUUCGUCUGUGCUCACCACUGAUAGGCAGAGUGGCUUUGGGACACAUUCAUCUUCAGCGUUUCUACCCGGAUUUGUAUCAGACAAGCAGCUCUUCUACAGGCAAAGUGGAAAACACUGGACGUCAGAGAAAGACAUUGUAUGGAUGACCUCAUUUUAAACAUUUCUUCCGUCUUAAGGGGAAAUAGUAUGGAUGCUCAUCUGAUAAUGCAGACCCCCCUCUGUACAUCCCCUUCUAUCUUGUCUCAGAGGAGUGCUCUCUACAGAUACUGGCUAUCUCUGAGAAAGCAGUUUGUAUUUUUCUUCCAGGGAUUUAGAAAGAAAAGUCAUCACCUUCCUGACGGGACUAAGGGAUUAAAUAAGCAUGUUACAGUCAGGAAAUCCUCUGUGAUUUCUCUAUUUUAAUUGAUUUGUCUGUGACAAUCUAAAGAUGUGCAUCUAAAUACUCUACAGAGCAUUCUCUCGUGUUUAUAGCCUUAAUAAAAUCCGUCUUUCCUUUUUAAAAGCCAAAACAAAUAACUCCUCCAUGUGCUAGGUGGCAGAGCCUGAGAUAUAUUCUUGACACAAAGCGAAGGCAUAUCUCAAGUCUGCAUAUCUCCAAAGCACAGGCGAUGGCUGAAUUGCCAAGAAGGGUGGAGCACAGAAGAAAGCCAAGAUGGGAUGAGGGUAGUUGCUGGGUGUUUCUGUAUUCCACUACCAGAGUGUGCAACCUCCACUUGAAUCAAAAGGGUUUUAUAGAGAUGAAGAUAUAGCCGCCGCUGACCAUGAGACGCACUUUGUCUGCUGUGAGACAGGAAGCAGACUCUGAGCUUUCUGCGCUCUCCGUGCUUACUCAGAGAUGCAAAUAGCCCUCAUGUUUUAUUCAGCUCGAAGCAAUGAGAGAAUACAUUUGAUUGCAGGUGAUUGAGAGGACGGUGCUGGGGAGCGAGUUUGUGAAGGAGUUUGAUGCACAAUUAAGGCCAGACAAUAUCAGAUAAGCAUGUUUGGUUGAAAUGAGGAAUUAAACAGGAACUCCUUUGUUUGAAACAAUGGAAUUAUUAUCAUGUAUCAAGAGUUUUUGUUUCUAUGUAGACGGCUUUGGGAGUGGGUCUGGAACAUAAAUCAGCGUCGAGUACUGUAUGCCGAUGCUGGUUUACCCGAUGCAUUUUAGUGAAAGACAGCCAAUCACAAGGCCCCAACAGUUUUCAGAAUAUUUAACUUUCUCACACCAAACUGCUGUGGACACAUUUAGACAUCCUUGAUGCUUUCCUUGUCCCUUUUCCCCAUUGUACACAAAGGAUUGGCAAAGAAAUUCAUGGUCCCAAGAUGAUGUUCCCUGAUCAGUUCUCUUAAUUGCUACAUUAUUGCAGUACAUGUGCGUUGCUUUGGAUAAAAGCGUCAUUUAAAUGAUCCGACUAGCCACCAUACGAAGAAACAUCCUUUUGAAAUCUCAUUUUUUCUUUGAUUAUUUAGUGUGCAUUUCAUUUGAGCCUCCACUGCUGGUUUGUUGAAUCAUUUAUUGUGGGAAUUGAUUCCCUGACUUAAAUUUUAAUCAAGUCUAUAUUUAUUCCACCUUGGUCUCCGCCGGUAUGCCGCAGCCCUGGUAAACUAGCAGGGAAUAGUCUUUCUGAUUUUGGUAUGCCCCAGCAGACGUUCUGCCUCAGACGACAUCACACUGCGCCCUCAAAGACUCUUCUGUGUGAGAGUCAAUAGUGAUCUAAUGCAGAAAGAAAUGUAAAGUAAAAGGAGCCCAUGAAUACUUUACAGCGACUUUCCUGCGAAGGAGAACAGUGACAAAUGAGCUAACAGAGCAUCAGCAUCUCAUUUCCACGGUCUGCACACUCUCCGAAUCUUUUUAUCUCCCACUGUUAAUCUUCUCCUCUUUUGAGGCGUACACUGUGUGGCUUAGAGCCUCCAUUGAAGCCAGGAGAAUAUGUGUGAACAAGUUUUCCACAAAAGGCCACUUCCAUCGACGUACAUCAGCGCCAUGAGGACGACCGGUACGCCACUUUACAGAGAUGCAUCUGUUCCAGCCGCAAUAAUGGGAAAUGGAAUACAAAUAUACAGUUUGGAGAAUAAAGACAUUUAAAGGAAGGCAAAUUAUGCAGUAAAGGGUUGCCUUGGUUCGAUAAAGUGCCUCGGGCUUCACGUCAGGAGAGCUGGUCGCCCUUGAUUUUCUGAAUAAUGUAUGCGGUGUCAGUGUGAGGUGCUGAGAGCAACAUUUCCAUCUUCCAACACAACAAAAUACACAACAUGUCUCAGAGAACCUCAGCCCACAGCACUCAUGUAUCUCUCACUCUGUAUCUGCCCUUUUCAAUUCAAAUUGAAUGCAAAUUGUUUAGUUGAUUUUGUGAUUUAAAAACAUAUUAAAACUUUUUUAUACAAAUUAUUAUAGUUUUUUUUUUUUUUUUACCAUCUGAGAAAAUGAAAGGUAAUGUACAGAAACGUAUUCCUUCCUUUACAGUUGGAUGGGGCAGGGGUGCGCCCUUGUGGCUGAAAUGCAUAUUACGGCAACAUGCCAAAAUUCCCUUUGAACCGCCAUACGAAAAUAAUUGAAUGGUCAAUUUUCCAUUGGUUAAUGACUUAACAACAGUUGAAAAUAACAUCAAAAAACAUUUGUAUUGUUGCCUUUAGAGCUUCCAUACAGGUUUAGCUGCUCACAAUUGUACAAAAUAUCCGAAUACUCAAUGAUUGUAAAGACUCUUUUGUGUUGCCCCCCCCCCAAUGACUAAACUAAAUUAAAAAAACAUU